GUACUCAUAAAAAGCUAUUCGAUGAAUAUCUCCUUAAGAUAAACAAGGCACUUUCUUAUGUUCAGUGUGAGUUACGAGGCUUCAGGAACCAAUAUGAUGGCCGAGUUUACUAUGGGGUCAUUAAUAAUGUUUCUGAUGAACAGUCCAAGCUAGGAACGAGAUAUUCGGUUCCGCAGAUUGCUUUCUACAAGGCAAUUAUAGAAGCAAUUAUGCAAGAUGCCACAGCCCAAGGUAGCAUUUCUGACAUUGAUGCUCUUAAUCUGCGAUUGGAGAAUCAGGUUUUAACUGACGUAGGAUCACAAUCACAAGACGGCCCAACUCAUGUUCCCCCGGCACUCAAGAAUUUCUCAAUAUCUCAGAAGCAAAAAGCUCUUGAUGAACUUGUGCUGGAUCAGUGGCUUACCCACACCCCUGAUGGUAACAUUGGACUUGGUGUCAGAUCCUUUCUUGACCUGCGCAGUUAUUUCCGUAAUAAUGAUAUUCCUUCAUGUCAAGUGUGCAACGAAGCUGGAGUGAAGGCAGAGGUGUGCCAGAAUGAUUCUUGUACAGUCCGGAUUCAUAAAUACUGCCUAAAGAAAUUAUUUUCCCAAAAAAAGGGUGCAAGAAAUUGUCCAGGUUGUGGGACUCAAUGGCAUUAUGCAGUACCCAAAGCAGAACUUAUAGAGGAAGAGGAAGAGGGUACUCAUAAAAAGCUAUUCGAUGAAUAUCUCCUUAAGAUAAACAAGGCACUUUCUUAUGUUCAGUGUGAGUUACGAGGCUUCAGGAACCAAUAUGAUGGCCGAGUUUACUAUGGGGUCAUUAAUAAUGUUUCUGAUGAACAGUCCAAGCUAGGAACGAGAUAUUCGGUUCCGCAGAUUGCUUUCUACAAGGCAAUUAUAGAAGCAAUUAUGCAAGAUGCCACAGCCCAAGGUAGCAUUUCUGACAUUGAUGCUCUUAAUCUGCGAUUGGAGAAUCAGGUUUUAACUGACGUAGGAUCACAAUCACAAGACGGCCCAACUCAUGUUCCCCCGGCACUCAAGAAUUUCUCAAUAUCUCAGAAGCAAAAAGCUCUUGAUGAACUUGUGCUGGAUCAGUGGCUUACCCACACCCCUGAUGGUAACAUUGGACUUGGUGUCAGAUCCUUUCUUGACCUGCGCAGUUAUUUCCGUAAUAAUGAUAUUCCUUCAUGUCAAGUGUGCAACGAAGCUGGAGUGAAGGCAGAGGUGUGCCAGAAUGAUUCUUGUACAGUCCGGAUUCAUAAAUACUGCCUAAAGAAAUUAUUUUCCCAAAAAAAGGGUGCAAGAAAUUGUCCAGGUUGUGGGACUCAAUGGCAUUAUGCAGUACCCAAAGCAGAACUUAUAGAGGAAGAGGAAGAGGAAGAGGCAGAUGUACCCACUCAGAGCCAGCCACCUGUGGGACCUAAAAGAAAGAGACUUGAAACCAACAAAACCGGUGAUGCUAAUGUAGUUCAAUCUGGUUCCUCUCAAGCUGCCAGGCCUGUUUCUGAUCUGAGAAGAGUAACUCGAAGUACUGCCCACUUAAGGUAAUUGUUUUCAUGUGCCCCUAUAACAGGGGACUAGGUGAAAUAUUCUGUAUAGUUGGCUUCAAAACUGCUGGCAUUCGCAACAGUUUAUUGUCCUAGGUAUUUUGCAACAAACUAUAAUCAUAUAUUAGAUUUCUGACUAGGUUGAAAUCACCUGGAGGAUUUUGUGUUAGAUAUUUGAUUCUCGCUUCAGUUGCUACCAUCAUUGUAAAUACUCAUUUCUUUUCCACCGCCUGGAAUGCUAAAUGCAUCGUUUUGAUU